AUGAGAUCUAGAAAUCUUGAGUCGUCAUCGUCAUCGUCAUCAUCAUUAAACAGCAACGGCCGGCUGUGUGGUUGUGGAUUGCGGCCAAAAAUGGCAACAUAUUGGCGGGAUGAUAAUCCAGGGAGACGAUUUUAUGGUUGCUCAAGAUGGCCAAGACCUGACAGGUGUAAAUAUUUUGAAUGGCAUGAUGAACCAAUUUGUACAAGAGAAAGGAUUAUUAUACCGGGUUUGCUGAGAAGGGUGAAUCGGAUGGAAGAAACAAUUGCAAAAAGCCGUAGAAGGGAAAAAAUUUUGAUUGUGGUCAUCAUACUGUUGGCUAUGCUACUGAUUAUAUCUGUUACUGUAAAAAGGACUGGACAUGCAAUGGAGCGAAAAUUAGUGCUAAGCUUGGAGUGA